CGAAUCCAAUCGCGGCUAAUUAGGGUUACGUGCAGUGCACUUGGAAGUUGAAACAGUUUUCGAAUGAUAAGAAUUAUCGACAUGGCUCGGUAUGCGAUUCGAUGUCGGACUUUUGGAUGAAGUGUACACCCAUCCACACUCUGAGGAAAGUCCGGAAAUAACCGCUCGGGGCCUCGAUACUCACUUUACCUCCCACUUUCAAUUGGCUCUGCGUGGUUUGCUUUUCACUCGUUUUGGUGGUGUCCAUCUUAAUGACUUUGCUUGGUCUUCUUCCAGAUCUCCAGCAUCUCCGGUUGAUUGUGUUUUUUGUAGCUCAUCAUCAGCUGCUGUCAAGUUGCCUUAGAGGGUUCUUUUAUGUUGGUCUCUUCCUCCCGGAGCUUCCGAGUGCCUUCGAGUCUCGGCUGUGUGGUGCAUAGUCAGAUCCAAGCCUCAUCCUCCAGUGGCAUCCAGCGAUAGCGAGCUUCCAGCCUCGACGCUGCCUCAUAUAUAAGAACGAUUCAACAGGAGGACGGUCCAUCCAGCCCCUCCCAAGCACCAACUUUCGAAUCACUGUUUCAUUGGAAAGCUCCCUCGGUUAAACCCACAACAAAACACUAUCCUCGACCGACCCCCAGUGGGUUGCAUCACAUUCAAGCUCUCACAACAGCCUCAAUCACCUCAAAUCUGCUCAUAUUAUCCGACAUAGCAAGAUCCACCUCAACUCUAUUCCCACCCGCCUUCACUCAAACCUCUCUCCAUCCAACUCGGCACCAUGUCUGGACCGAUCCUUCCGCUCAACGGCCUCACAGUCAGUUUUAUGGCACUCCCAACCGUCGUUGGUACAUUCUUCAAGCACAUCAUCACCCCUUCAGAUUCUGAUCCGGCGAAUCGCAACGAAUUGAAGGCAGAUGAAGCACUCGCUGUUGCUCGAUCAAUGAGCCAGAAAAUCACUCAAUACCCUGUUGAGGACGUGCAGCGUCUUGGAAAUACCUUUCAGCCGGCCCCUUGGAGUGUCAGAGUUAUCCGCGUCUCAAUCCCUGCCUCAACAUGUUCUUCUGCCGCUGAAUAUCUCACAGCGGCCUUUGGCCCUGAUGAGAUCAAGAAUCUAAUUGGCGGGCGGCAGUGGUGGCAGCUUCGUGGUAACAAGGACGGUUCAGUCGAGGGGGAAUGGAUUGCCAUGAAGCGCGAUCUACCUCGGUCGCCCUCAUCCCGCUCGGUAUCCCGUUCGUCCUCGAAACGAUCUCCAUCGCCAGCCACCGCCCCAAGGGGAGCUUCUCAUCCCAAGUCUCCCGAGGUGCCCGCCCCCAGGCGCAAAUCUAUCUUUGGCUCCCUUCGGGCCUCCAAAGCAUCUCGUCAAUUUAGUACAGCUCCCGGUUUCCAUGAUGACCGACUUGGAACCCCAGUUCAAGAACCCACUCGAAAUGACGAAGACAACUUGAAUCACCUCUUCUCCACACUCGAUCACGGUGCUGCUCCUCCUCCCACUACGGCCCCCCCAAAUAAUCCUAGUUCUUCUUCGUGCGAAGAAGAAACUACUAGUGACACCUACGAAGAUGAUUUGGACAAGAUGCCGUGCAUGCUCUACAUUCAUGGUGGAGCUUAUUACUUUGGUAGCGUGAACACGCAUCGAUAUACCAUCUGGAGGUACGCCCGGAAGAUGGGUGGUCGCGCUUUUGCAGUCAAUUACCGCCUCGCUCCUCAAUACCCAUUUCCGUGUGCACUGGCCGACUGUCUGGCCGCAUACCUCUACCUCAUUCGACCUCCGGAAAAUGCCAAACAUAGGAUGGUUGACCCGUCUAAAAUUGUCAUUGCGGGCGACUCUGCUGGUGGAGGUCUCAGUUUGGCAUUGUUGACCUUGAUCCGCGAUGCUGGAUUGCCGAUGCCUGCUGGUGCAGUGCUCAUCUCUCCUUGGGUGGAUCUCACCCAUUCAUUCCCUUCAGUCAUGAAUAACUCCGAAACGGACAUCAUACCACCUUACGGGUUUAUGCACCAGCCGAGUGUCCUCUGGCCACCGCCGUCACUGAAGGCCAGCGUCUCUCCCGCAAAGCCAACUCCACCCGCAAACGCACCUGAAGCCCAGCCUACUCCCACAACCUCCGAACCACAACCUUCAAGAUCUAGUGAAGACGUCAACCCGUUCAAACUCAAGUUAUCAGCAGAGCUGAAGAUCCGUAAUGAUGAGUCCGACAACAGCGCCUCAAUCAUUGAACUCAAAGACGGACAGCCAGUGAAAAUGGAUCAACAAAUUCAACUCUAUUGUACCAACGAUCAAUUGACUCAUCCAUACUGCUCACCUAUUUUCUCCCCAAGCCUGGGUGGAUUACCACCCUUGAUGAUUAUUGCCGGUCAGAAUGAAGUUCUCAGGGAUGAAAUCAUUUAUCUUGCUCAUCGUGCUGCACACCCCGAACGAUAUCCCUUGAGGGCUGAUUUGAUGAACGCUCACCCGGGAAGGAAAACCAAUGCGGCUGAAUAUCCCCCUACCAAGGUCCACCUUCAGGUUUAUGAUGAGAUGUUUCAUGUCCUGCCCAUGUUCUCCUUCCUUCGACCGGCUAAGUACUGUUACAGGGCGAUUGGCUCUUUCUGCAAAUCCGUUACUGGCUCUGAGAGCGAGAAUAACUUAGAUCCUUCCAACAAACCCAGAUCACCAAGCCAGGAUCAUACUCACGAGACCGAAGAGAGUGGACCGGUUCCUGCGCCGGGAUCGUCAGCCAAUAUGCAGGUGUCUGCGUCGACCGGUACCCCACAGGUUGACGCUUCCAAUAAGGCGGUCUUCGCGUCCAAGCUGACGGCUCCACCAGAUCAGCUUCCUACACCGCCCCCCUCUCCGUCUGUUACGCGGCCCAGGCCUGACCGAAGACUUUCUCGGAUCGCACCCGACGCAUCAGCUCCUGCCCCUCUUCCAGAAGCCACAUUGGCUGAACUAGAGUAUACCAUCUACCACGCCUCACUUCCUGAGCGCCACCCUUCUUUCGUGGACGGUAUGAUUCGCGAACGCGUAGCUCUCGAUGGCAGGAUUAGGCCGUUGGAGGUCGAGGCCGAUCUCGAUAUCCUAAAAAUCUCGCCUGAGGAGCUUGGUGUCAUCAAAGAUGGGCCCCUCAGACGAUGGGCCGAAGGUAGAAAGAUCUGGGAUCACAAAUUCAAUGGAAGAUACAAGAAAAUUCAGGUCCAAAGAGAGCAUCAUAUCAAACGGUCAAACAAACGUGUCAAAGAAACCAUGAAGAAGCUUUCCGAGCCGCACCUCUCUCAGAAGAAAAACAAGAAGAAAAAGAUCGCCCGGAAGUCGUCCUCGACCCCAGUCCCGUUGGCUCACCCGGAAGGUAGCCCAACCAACGCUCUGGACCCAGUCCCUUCCCGCGAUGACACCACUGUCCAGGGUUCCCAUCAUGAACAGGCGAGUUCUUCGGUAGAGGAGGCCCCUGCGACCCGGUUCGGAUGGACCUUGUCGGACGACGAGUGUCCUCCGCCAAGCUCGAUCGCCGCCAGGAAAGAUACCGCUGAAGCUUAUAAGUUGGCUAAAGUGCUCGAACACCAGCACCAGUCCAAGCAUGCCAUGUUACUUUAACAGCUCCUUUGAGAGGAAAGACUGUUCCCCUGUCAUGGGUGAUGCAGUAUUUCUUUCCACACAAGCGAUCCGACUUCCUACAGGGCCCUGGUGAUCCACUAUCCCUUCGUUUUUUUUCCUUUUACUCUCUCUCUCUCUCUCACCUACCUUGCUUUUUCUUUAUACCAUCUCAAGAUGUGUUGUUGCCACUACCCUUUCCCAUCCCAAUUUGCAUUCGAUGAACACUUCGAUUUCCGCCAUAAUGUCUUUUUUUUAUGUUUCUCUUUACCUUCUUUCAACCCAAUACUUCCUUGGUCUUUUUUUGGUUCUCAUUUCUUGGGGGACUACAUCGCCAUCCAACUUCAGCUCAUUGUACCUAUUUAUUAUGACCAUGCCGUCAACAUUUGUACAUUUUUUGGACUCUUUUAUGUUUUCUUUGGUUUACAAACUAAACUUCAAUCGAUAUUUAGUUGGAGGGUUUAUUAUGCUUUGGUAUAACUGCACUUGUCUUGAUCUAACUAUUCGAAAUAUCAUUGAUUGUACAUAUCAAUCUUUGAUUGUAUACAUUUUCACAAGGCAAUACCAUCCUGGGUGUUGUGCAAAUUCAGUAGGAUUGCCCAAGCCUUGAUCACUCACUGAAAA